AUGUCGAUCGGCAACGGGAAUGCCUCCAGAAUCUACGUCACCUCCGAUGCCGGCGCAACAUGGACGCUUGGCUUCCAGAAUGAGGACGAGCUGGCCUUCUACGACUGCAUGGCCUUUGAGUCGCGUCUGGUCGGUCUCGCACUCAGCGACCCGGUCGAAGGAAAGUUUAGACUGAUCAAGACCGUGGACGGUGGUACGAACUGGGCGCUUGUCGACCCGGCUGGCAUGCCGACUGCCCUCACGAGCGAGUUUGCCUUCGCUGCUAGCGGCACGUGUCUUACUUCCUCGCCUGGCGGGAAGUAUUAUACUGCAUCUGGCGGUGUGGACCCCGGCCGCGUCUUUCGGAGUUCUGAUGACGGUGAAACUUGGAAUGUGACAGACACGCCGGUGGCAGGAGGCCAAUCGGCGGGCGUGUACUCGGUGGUAUCUCAAGAAGCUGAACAUGGGAUCGCUGUUGGGGGUGAUUACCUGGUGCCGAACGGCACUAUGGGCAAUGCAGCGUGGUCGAAAGACGGUGGAGUGACAUGGCAGGCGUCUACUGUCUUCCCGAGUGGUUACAGAUCAGGAGCAGCCUGGAGACCAGGGCGCUGUGAUAUUGCCAUCGCUGUUGGCCCUUCUGGAUCGGAUAUUACCCGAGAUGGUGGGAAGACCUGGAUGAACUUCGACAAUGGGUCCUACGACACUAUUGAAUGUCCAACCAAUGACGUCUGCUGGGCUUCGGGUGAGAAAGGUCGCAUUGCGCGUCUCACCUUUGACUAG